AUGGAAAAUGGAAUAUUCUCCCUGGAAUACUUUUGUCGGCUUUGCGCCUCGGAAGGAGUGAUCAUACAUCCACUGUUUCCGCCAGGCGAUGAUGACCCGAAGCUCGAGCUGGUUCGUAUGAUCGAGGUCCUGACUUCGGUGCAGCUGACCCGCCCCGCGGAUGCCGGGGCCGUAAUCUGUGACAAGUGCUUGCAAAUGCUCGAUGUGUUCUGUCAGUUUCGCGAGGAGUGCCUACGGCAGGAUGUGUUGAUCCGCACAAAACGGACACUAAUCGAAGAGGAGCUAGCAAGACAGCAUCACCACCAGCAGCACGAGCUAGUGUUCGGAACGGUCCAGGAACCGUUUCCACAGCAGCUCGACCCAACGGUGAGCGUGAAGCUGGAAGAUGAUAAUGAGACUGACAAUACGCUGCGGCCUGUGAUAGAAACGGGGGAUCAGACCAGCCAAUUCACUAUUCCGCUAGUUAUAGAUGUACAGAAGCGUGAGGAAGAGUUCGUCCUGCAGGAGGAAUCCGAACAGGCUUCGGUUGACGCCGAGGAGGAACAGGACGACGGUGCUCCGGAUCCGAGCUCCAAUACUAGUCUUUUACAGAAAACGUACACGGCUCCGGGAAUAGCGCUUUUCUCAGAGGCAGGAGGCCUAUCCAUCUCGGUGCAAGUAAACCAGAUGUCACUCGGAGAUAUGAAGGAAUUGACGAAUCCCAGGUGUGAUAUGGCGACGUCUUUCGCCGGUGGUCGAAGAGGAAGUAAAUUAUGUUCCAAAAAGGUGCGGCCACCUUUCGAUGCUUGCCAGGAAACGAUCAGCGUGCCGAGCGAAUACGAAGAUCAGCAGCAUGUUGCGGACAGGAGCGGUAAACGGUGCUCGCUGGCUUGCGAUCCGUGCCAGAUGCGGUUCACCAAGUCGUACAACCUGAAGCGUCACAUGUACGAGGUGCACGGCGAAUUGGCGCCGGGCCUGACCGUGACCGAAUGUGAGCAUUGCGGUGAACGUUUUCUUCGAGGGUACACUCUCAACCGACACAUUGCCAAGAUGCAUCGAAAUAAGAAGAAACUAAAGGUCUUAGCUAUUAAGAGGAAAUCGUAGGUCUGCCAGGCCGGGGUCAGGGUGUACUUCUAGCAGAGUGUGAAACCGAGGACCACCGAUGAGUAAAGGCGCCCGGUAGCAGCAGCGAAUGUGAUCAACCAUUUUUGGACGUUUCUUUACGGAAGCUUAUGGUGACAAUU